UUGUCCCACCCACAGUCGCGAGCCGCCUCCUACGUCCGACCACCACGCCACGCCAUUCCCCAUCUCUUUCUCCACCCACCACCCCCACUCAGACUCACCGCCGAGCCGAUCUCCGACGACCGCCGCCAUGUCGUCCGCCGCUGCGCUCCUCCUCCGUCCCACCUCCGCCACGACGCGCCCGCUCCUCCACCUACCCAGCCCCAAAUCCUUCGUCCUCCGCCUGCACCCGUGUCGCCGCCGCCUGCCCGUUCCGCGCCUCUCCCUCAUGCCCGCCACCUCCAGCAGCAGCAACAAUUCCCCUCCCCCGCCGUUCCCUCCGCCCCCCUCGCCUGAGCCCGCGGCCCCGCCUUCCGCGUUCGCACAUUGGACCCCGCCGCGCGCCAUCUGGCGGGGCCUCUCAGCGCUGCUCCUCGCGGGGCAGGUCUUCCACCGCGUCCUCACGGGCCGCGUCCACCGCCGCAACCUCCUGGCGCAGCUCCGUCGCGUGGGUCCAGGGAGCGUGGGGGUCGCGCUCCUCACCGCCGCUUUCGUCGGCAUGGCCUUCACCAUCCAGUUCGUGCGCGAGUUCACGCGCCUCGGCCUCCACCGAUCCGUCGGCGGCGUCCUCGCCCUCGCGCUCGCGCGCGAGCUCUCGCCGGUCGUCACGGCCGUCGUCGCCGCCGGCCGCGUCGGCUCCGCAUUCGCCGCCGAGCUCGGCACCAUGCAGGUGUCCGAGCAGACCGACACCCUCCGCGUCCUCGGCGCCAACCCCGUCGACUACCUCGUGGUACCCCGCGUCCUCGCCUGCGUGCUUGCGCUCCCGGUCCUGACACUGAUCAGCUUCGCGCUUGGCCUCGCCUCCUCGGCAUUCCUGGCCGACUCUGUCUUUGGCGUCAGCGUCAGCAUUAUUUUGGAGUCGGCUCGCAGGGCGCUGCGGCCUUGGGACUUGAUCAGCUCCUUGCUGAAAUCUCAAGUGUUUGGAGCCAUUAUCGCGGUGGUGAGCUGUGCCUGGGGUGUCACAACCCAUGGCGGAGCCAAGGGUGUUGGCGAGUCUACAACAUCUGCAGUGGUCGUUUCUCUGGUUGGGGUUUUCAUUGCAGAUUUUGCUCUGUCCUGCCUGUUCUUCCAGGGUGCUGGUGAUUCACUCAAGUAUGCAAUGGGUUGAGGCAGGGUCACUGCAGAGGAAAUUUUUGCUUUGUAGGAGUGUAGCAUAAUCUUGUACAUUAACAAGAAUGGUGCAGUAGAUUCAAAUAGGCGAACAUUGCAACAUCAGCCACUCUCCAGGUGACAUGCAUUAGUUUUCCCCCCUGAUAUCCACAAGAGGUCAUUUACUGUUUUGUUAUGCCUUUGUUAUGCUAAACUGCCGCUCGAUUAUUUGAGAUUGAUUCAUGUGUAACUUAUUCACGGAACUAUUGGUCGAACCAGUGUAACACAUACUAAUUUAAGUAUAAAGAAAAUCUGGUCAUUGUCUGCUUAGGGCAGCUAUGUAAAUACAGACUGCUUCAGAGAUCUGCUGCUUUCAGAACAGAACAAUGAAAUAAUAUUGUUGUGCCUGGAAAAGCACAUAUACUCCUAUUAAGAACAUUGCUUUGACAGCAGUGCAGAUAAUCUUGCCUCCUUAGCAUUACGCAUCCAUGGAUGAUAAGACCUGAAAUAUUUUGUUAGCAACUCUGGAAAAUAAGGUGGUUGGACAGCCUUGUUUAUUGAAAAAAAAAUCAGUGCCUCUAGGUUCCAAUAUGAAUUGUCAGAUUAAUGGAUGUGCGAGACAUGGCUGUACUCUGCAAGAUAUUUUUUUUAAAAAAAUCCAGCAAGAUAAUGGUACAAUUGAAAAUUGUUAGAACAAUAUCCUAGAUGUUUUAUUCUUUGGGGUGACUACGUGCUGGAAGUCCCCAGUUGAGUGUGCAUACUAUUGGUAUCAUAGAUGCUUCAGGUGAUUAGCUGUUAUUAUUGCACAUUUCACCUUUGAUUUGAACGUACACCUCUAGAAUAAAGCUUUGGAAAGUUCUGUAAUUCUUGGUAAACCAAUUUUCAUGUUGCCAGCCCUUGCAUCAUUAGGACAUGUCUCUACCUCUCUGGAAUGACGAAUUGGACUGUUUCAUCUUCACUUAUUUGGUUAAAUUUCACAAUUAUUUGUUUGUCAUGCUACUUAGGUAGGUUCUACUCUUCAAGUUAUGUACUAUUGUCCACAUGAUUACUGCCUCAUCUGGACAUGUCUCUGGAAUAAUGAAUUAGACCGUUUCACCGUCAUUUAGUUAAUUUUCACACUGUGGUCCUUGAUUUGUUUGUCAUGCAAAUUAUUCCUUUCAUUCCAAAUUAUUCCAAAUCACUCCUUUCGGCCUCCCCCUCGCCCUCAGCUCUCACCUCCCCCACACCCUCGAAUCUUAUCCGCGGCUGGCGCAAGCCUUUCCCGUCGUCCCUGACCGGUGGCCCCUCCCCGACCGGCGGUCCUUCCCCAAUCGGCAGCCUCUCCUCGAGUGGCGAGCCUCCUCAAACGGUGGCUCCUCUCUGACCAGCAGCCCUUCCCCGAGAGGUGAGCCUCCCCGAGCGGCGGCUUUUCCCCGACGAGCCCUCCUCGACCGGCGUUUCCUCCAUGAGCGGUGUUCUAAGAAAUGCUGCUGAAAGUUUCUUCUAGAUCUGCUGUUGUUGGUUAUGUAAUUUAAUUGGUUAGUUCGGUUAUAAUCGGAACCAAACCGAACUAACCGAGACUGAAUUUUCUCUGUUCCGAGUUUUGCAAGGAACCGAUCGGUUCCAAUUUUCAGAUAACCGAAGUUCUUAGAAAACCGAACAACUGAUCGGUUCAGUUCGGUUCGGUUUAACCGAAUGCCUAGGCUGAGCUAGAAUGCCAGUCCUUGAACAAAUUAUAGCAUGAUGAGAUAUUAGAUUAGAAUUUGUUUGCGAGACAGCUUGUAAUGAGUUAUUUCGAUUCUGUAAUCAUGUAGGAUAAAUCUAUAUUACAUAUACAAUAGCGUAUAUUAAGAAUAUUAUUUUGCUUGCAGCAACGUACGGGCCAGCACCUAGUACUACUUUAUUGGGUAUUAUUAUAUAUUUCGCCCCUCCUACUGAUACAGAUCUUUUAAAUAGUUUUCACCCACCUUGUUUUAAUGUAUUAAGGAAAAAUACUUUUCAUCCUAUUCCUCUGUCGGUAAUAAGGAAUUCUUUAUAUGGAUUAUGGAUUGGUUCAGAUGAGCGAUUACAUAGGCAUGAAAAUGAAUUUCGCUCCUUUAGUGUGGUUAUAAUGGAAUGCCUAAAAAAAGAAUUACUUCUAAACUUCCUGCCUUGGAGUAAAACUCCGUCUUUUUUUUUUAAAAAAAGAGAGCAAUUGGAUAGUUUAUAUACUACACUUUGAUAUACAGCUGUCUAACAUUAACCCAAUGUAACUUUGUAGGAAUGUACGUGUAUAAAGCAAUGCUUACCAUCUAUGGUACCAACAAGCUACAACUACUAUGGAAUGUUAUAUCCUGCAUACUGCUCUUCUAUGCUUUCUUCAAUUUUGAUUCACCGCAUAAGAUCCACCUUGGCAAGAAAACUUUCGACUUCACCAUAUCGGCUUCUAGGUUGUUGCAUGAGAUCCGCUCGAAUUCAAGACGUGUUCAGGAAAAGGUGGAUAAUGAACAGAGGUUUGCAGAGAUCACCCAGAACAUUACCAACAUUGCUGCAAAUGUGACGUCUGGAUGGAGCAUUUUGAAGGAAGAAUUCACAUUUCCUGCUAGGAAUGCCCCUUUCAAUAGCUGUCAUGCUUCCACUAUUGUACAGAUUGAUGAAAGCAAUUUUUUGGUGGCAUAUUUUGGUGGAUCCAUGGAAGGUGCUCCUGAUGUCAAAAUUUGGUUGCAGAGAUAUAGUGGUGGUCACUGGCAUCCUCCGGUAGUGGCUGAUGAGCAAUUUGGGGUGCCUAUGUGGAAUCCUGUUUUGUUUCAGCUUCCCUCUCGUGAGCUACUUCUCUUCUACAAGAUUGGUCAAGAAGUCCAGAAGUGGAGUGGUGCCAUGAAAAGAUCGUUGGAUGGCGGCAUAACCUGGUUACCAAGAGAGCAGCUACCACCUGGUAUCCUUGGUCCAAUUAAGAACAAGCCUUUCUUGCUUGAAGAUGGCCGCCUACUAUGUGGAUCAUCAGUUGAAAGCUGGAACUCUUGGGGUGCAUGGCUUGAGGUUACACAAGAUGCUGGGCGGACAUGGAGAAAGUAUGGCCCUAUAUAUUUGGAUGGGCAACCACUUGGGGUGAUCCAGCCAGUUCCCUACCGUACUGCAAAAGGGGUUAUUCGAGUUCUACUGCGAUCAUUUCAGACAAUAGGCCGCAUCUGUAUGGCUGAUUCCUUUGAUGGUGGUGUGACAUGGAGUUUUGUGCGAGGGACUCAGCUUCCGAACCCAAAUUCUGGUAUUGAUGGAGUAAAGAUGAAGGAUGGAAGAGUGGUGCUUGCCUACAACACCUUCUCCAGAGGAACGCUCAAACUUGCGGUCUCCUUGAAUGAUGGUGAUUCUUGGAACGAAAUGAUGACAUUGGAGGAUACCAGUGGUAUGGAGUUCUCAUAUCCUGCAGUGAUUCAAACCAUGGAUGGUCUUAUACAUGUGACAUACACAUACAACCGGACACAGAUUAAGCAUGUUGUUGUUAAGCCCGGUGCCACAGUGAAUUGAGUCUGCAACCACGGGAUGAUUAUGGAUUGCAACCUCGAGGAACUUAAAAACUUGUCCAGCAACUUUGUCUGACCAUUACAUCAUACGGGCUAGACUAUCUUUUAUUUCGCUUCUCAGUUAGGCUUGUUGCUAAAGAAGCGUUUUCAACUACAUUUUAACAGAAUAUUUUCGAGCUUUCUUCUUAAUAUAUUGAUACGCAGCUCUCCUGCGUGUUCGAGAAAAACAGAAUAUUUUCGAGGCACAAAUUAUACUGUAAAAAAUUGCUAAAUAUAUGUUUGAAAUGGAAAGAUUAACCCGCUA